ACGUUCGCGUUCCACUGCGACAACGGGGAGCUUGUUGACUCGCUCUCAGUAGAAGCCGGAGCUCGCCGUGCAAGGAACAAAGCGAGAACGCUGGAGCUAUGGGAAUUAAUGCAGCCGACAUUGACGACCAGUCGCUUCUCCCUUAUUAUUUGAAGCCCGUCGACUUGGUGAAAGCGGCCGCGAGGUCCCAGCAGCGGUGGAGCUGCUGGUGCCAGUAAAGAACCGAAUCGGCGGCGGUCCAUAUGGGGGGGUCGUUGCCGAUUCUAGCGCAGUAGGAGUGAGUCGAGCGGGCCAGUGGCACAAUGCGGAGUGAGGCGGCUCGCUACAAAAACACGGUGAAAUGAACCAGUGUGCGAGCAAUGGACGCUUCGCAGCUCCAGCAGUGGCCACCAGCAAACUCUUUAUCGCCUAGCCCUGCUAACUAUGGGAGCUUUUAGCUUGUUGUGGUGCUUUCUUCCCUCGCUCGUAGCUUGGUCCGCAGCGACGAUGAAUUGGAGCAUCCUGACGCUGCUGUUUGUGUUACUUGGUGACAUUGCAGCUCAAGUAGAACCAACUUCAAAAGCUGCUUUAGCCCCUCCUGGUAAAUAUUCCCACAUUGAUCGCACAACAGGAAAGCAAAUUUACUGUAAUAAGUGCCCUGCAGGAACCCACGUGUCUCAACAUUGCACGUCAACAUCACUGCGAGAGUGCAGGCCUUGUAAAAAUGGCACUUUCACCAAACAUGAGAAUGGCAUUGAACAUUGUCACACCUGCAGUCCCUGUGUUUCCCCAAUGAUUGAAAAAUUCCCCUGCACUGCCUUUUCUGACCGUGAAUGCACUUGCCCACCUGGUACUUUUCUAUCCAACAAAUCUUGCGUGGCCUACACAGUUUGCGCCAUUGGUUGGCGUAUUCGGAAGAAGGGAAGUGAGACAGAAGAUGUCAAGUGUAAACCAUGUCCUCGUGGCACUUUUUCCAAAGUGCCUUCUAGUUCAAGGUGCAAAGCUUUCACCAAUUGUUCAGAACAGGCUCUGGUGAUAAUAAAACCAGGAAACCGCGAAAGGGACAACAUCUGUGGCUUACCAAGCACAAUUCGGAGUACAGCUAUCAACUCGCCAAGCACAGAGUCGACUCGUGACAACAAUGCAGUUCUACCUGAUGCCUCCAAUCUAUCAGGUAUUCCUGACCAAUCAAGCACCACUGCUGCAUCUGCAACAAUACAUUCAAUCAGUGGAGUCACCAAAGAAGCACACCUUUGGCAUUCUCCCCAUUUGCGCCCAAAUCCUGCUCUUUCAGCUUCAAUGAAUUUUUGGCCAGCGAUGGAAACCUCAAGAACAGAUGCUGAUUCCAGACCUCGCAGGAAAGGCCCACCAAGACCAAGUGCACACAAGCACUUUGACAUCAAUGAACAUUUACCAUGGAUGAUUGUUCUCUUUCUACUGUUGGUGCUGGUGGUGACAGUAGUCUGCAGCAUCAAGAAAAGCUCCCGUGUGCUGAAGAAAGGCCCCAAACAAGACCCCAGCAGCAUUGUUGAAAAAGCUGGUCUUAAGAAGCCGAUUACUCCUACCCCAAAUAAAGAGAAAUGGAUAUAUUAUUCAAAUGGCCAAGGUGUUGACAUUCUGAAACUUGUGGCAGCUCAAAUUGGUAGCCAGUGGAAGGAUGUGUAUCAGUUUCUUGCCAAUGCAGCUGAACGGGAAGUAGCAGCUUUCUCCAAUGGGUAUUCAGCAGAUCAUGAGCGAGCUUAUGCAGCCUUGCAACACUGGACCAUUCGAGAUCCUGAAGCCAACUUGGCAAAACUCAUCAGUGCUCUUCGUCGCUAUAAACGAAAUGAUGUGGUGGAAAACAUCAGGGGACUAAUGGAGGAUACCUCUCAGCUGGAUAUCGAGAAGCUUGUUCUGGCGCCCAGCUGUAAAAAUAGUCUGACUCCAAAUCCAGCUGUUCCCAACUCAACUGUUGAGCCAUCUUCAGCUGAUAAGACAAAAGUUUUUUUUGUUGAUGAAUCAGAACCUCUCCUUCGCUGUGACUCAACUUCAAGUACUUCAUCUUCAGUUCUUAGUAGAACUGGGUCCUUCAUUUCCAAAGAGAAGAAAGAUACCAUUUUACGACAGGUACGUUUAGAUCCUUGUGAUCUGCAGCCUAUUUUUGACGACAUGCUUCAUAUUCUUAACCAAGAGGAGCUCGGAGUCAUAGAAGAAAUACCACAUGCAGAGGACAAACUAGACAAGCUCUUCGAGAUUGCGGGAGGCAAGAGUCAGGAUGCCAGCCAGAAACUCCUGGAUUCUGUUUAUAGUCACCUACCUGACCUCCUCUAAUCUUGUGGCAUUGUACAUGAUUAGUCAUUUGUUGGUGGUGGUAAAGGCCAUUCAGUGCCAGUAAUCUAAAAGCUUGAACUUGCUCAAGCUGUUUGGGGCAAAUAGCUCAUCAAAGUGGUGAUGUUCUCAGGUCAUUCACUUUGAUCUCUGGAAUUGGAAGUUUGCUUCCAUUGAUUUGAAGCAUGGCAUCCACCUGGCAUGCAGAAGCCAGAAAUUUGGUCAGCCUUUCAUUGCUUUUUAUUUUCAUUAACUGAAACAGCAUUCCUAGGCAAAUUGUGUGCACUUUUUAAUAUUCCAUUUACUGUAUUUAACUGAUAUGGGAUAUUAUUCUAUGUACUCGUGCACUAACUUUUAAACAACUUGAGUAAAAUUGAAAUAGUGAUGUCUUCUAUGGAGCUUGCUUUGAUUUGAUUUUAAAUGUGCUUGAGUCUGGAUGCUAAAUGUUCUGCUUUUAAUCUUUUUCUCAGUUUCAUUGAUUUUUGGCUUUUGCUGUUGAAAUGGCUGCAGAAGUAGCUCUGAUUCAUAAAAUCAUACACUUGGAGCUUUAAUAAUCAACAUAGUACUUGAACCAAGCUGUUGUACUUGUUACCUUUUACACUUAUUUUCAACAGCUUUCUAAAACAGGAAUGAAAUGAAUGUUGAUGAGAACUGCUUAAUAGGAUGCCACAAGAUGAUUCUGGGAUAUUGUAUUAAUUUGUCAUAGCUGGUAGAGUGCUGUCUGUGGGAGAAACUACUUUGUGGUUACAUUUCCAAAAGAGAAUCUUAACAUUGCUUCACCAGUUGGGAUGAUAUAGCUGGUUAUAUAUCAAGCAGGACUGGUGCUAUACUGCAGAUCUUUUAGCAACUGUAGUGGUACUAAUACUGUCACAAACUACUUGCUACAUAUGUAUCAAAGAAAACAAACCUAUUUUUAGCAAACUGGUCAGCAAAGAUGGAAAAGGAUGUGCUUGCUUUGGUAUUUUUUUUAAAAGAGAAACUACUUGGAACAAGUCUGUUACUGGUCCAGUGUGAUACUAAUUUAUUCAGGGUACAAAUAAUUGUGUUUAUUACUAUUAUCUGAUUAAAAUCAUGCGGCAUUUAACUCCACUGACUAUAUCACAGAUGCAAACUGUUUAACAUGGUACAUCCUAAUAAAAGUUAAAACUGCUUUUUUUCCAC